AUGCAACUGAGGGCGUGGAAGUUGACGUGGUCGCCGUCGUCCUCUCGUUCGGGAUUAAGAGAAGGAGGAGGAGGAGGAGGAGGAGGAGGAGGAGGAGGAGGAGGAGGAGGAGGAGGAGGAGGAGUAGGGGGAGGAGGAGGGGCACGAGGGCGAGGUGCCAUUGCUGCGACGGGGCGUACGGGAUUAGCUGUUGCUGCAUGGUCACCAGCGUUGCCUCGUUGGAGCGCCGCGAGAAGGCCGAACGUGUCGAAUCGCCUCGUUAUUAUUUGCAUUUGCUGCCGCUCCAAUGUUGUUUCCAGUGUAACGUGCCGAGUUGUUUUCCAUUGUAUGGCGCUCUAUCGAAGCACUCGAACUAAUCGGGCUGACGAUUCUCGCGCGCAGAAUCCUGCAUCUAACGGUCGCGAUCUGCACGUGCUGGAUCCUGGUCGCGAUUUGCGCUUGCAAAAUCUAGAUCGCGAUCUACCCGAGCAGAAUCGCGAUGAUUGCGGCAUGAAGAAGCAAGACCGCCAUCAUUGCGCUCUGCUCGCGCAGGACCGCGAUCGUUGCGGUCCUGCGCCUGGGGUGCCUAGAUGUGACGCGUCGGCAGCUGCGCAUGGGGAACGACCCGCUCGUUACCGCAGUUACCACAGUUUCGACAGCAUCCUUCGGGACCGGGGGCAGAAAUGGGCGCGCCAUUUAACAGCUCCAGCGCAGUCAGGGUCCGGUUUCAACGAGGAGAUCGUGAGCGUUCACGCUGGGAUGAGGAAUCGCGAUCCUCAUCCCUUCUCAGAGAUCAUCGCCUGCCUCUGCUGCGCUUAA